GGAGCACAUCACUGGAGAUUCUGCUCUCUGGACCCUCACAAUGCUACCCUGGAAAAGGAGCAAGUUUGUGCUGGUGGAGGACGAGGAGAAAUUGAAGCACAAGAGUCUGACUGCAGGCUUAACCUGUAAUUCCAUCAUCUCCUCUUUCAUGCGCUCCUGUCCAGACAUUCUCCCUGACUACUCCUUUGAACGGCUGGGAAGCAUGUUCAAAAGCAAACGUCAGAAAGUGGAGCUGAACAAGGACGCCCCGACUUACACAGUGCGCUAUCUGGGGAACGCCGUGACCCUGAACGCCAAGGGAGAGGGCUGCAUGGAGGACGCGGUCAACACAAUCUGGACCAAAAGCGACUUCGGCAGCCAGAGCACCAAAAUGAAAUUGACUCUGGGACCAAACGGGAUCAGGAUGAGCCACUCCGAAAAGGGAUCUAAAAAACCUGGACACUUCUACCUUUUACACAGGAUUACCUACUGCGCAGCUGACUCCCGGAGACCGAAGAUACUAGCCUGGGUUUACAGGCACCAGAUCAAACACAAGGCAGUGGUGCUUCGGUGCCACGCUGUGCUGGUCACCAAACCAAACAAGGCGAAAGCUAUAGCUCUGACCCUCUAUCAGACUUCCACCUCUGCCUUCAAUGAGUUCAAAAGGCUAAAGAGGCAGAAUGAUUUCAGGCACAGGCAGCAGCAGCUUUUAGGGGAGGACAUUAUUCCCUUGAUGCCCAUUAGGAAACUACUUAAUGGACAGUGCCACUACAGGCCACCAGUGGACAGGAGCAGAAGCGCCCGCAGAUUGAGCUCAAUAUUCGAGGAGGAGGAGGAGGAGGAGGAGGAGAUACAGGAGCACCCCUGAACCAAGCCCCUGACAAACAACGCUUAUAAUGAGAGUAAGCAGCAAAAAAGACUAUGACCUGAAUGCUUGAAGCAUUAGUAGCAACAUCAGGUGCUUAGCAAGGCAUACCAGUGUGACAAGACAGUGCAAAGAGAAGAACGCUACUGUGUAUAAUUAGAUCGUCCUCAGAGUGUUCUGUGCUGUACUCAAGGAUGGGGCAGAUUUCUUUUUUUUAUUAUAUAAAUGUAAUAGUAUACAGAAACAGUGUUUCAUGCAAUGUUUCAAAUACCUUUAAUCUUUUUGUCAUAUGCUCACUGUUUUAAUGCGGUCCAUUUUGUUUUUAGAUUAACUCCCCCUUAACACCCAUCCCAGUCCCUUAACAAGGGGCUUUAGCACAGCAAAGUCUAAAGCGAACUAAUUGUCUUGAAUGUAAUGGUAGUACAGUAUGUCAAAUUGCUGUAUUAUUAUGUCAUAGAUAAUCUAAUACUAAAUCUUGUUUUGGAACUGCUGUUUUACAAUACGUAGCGUUUAACCACAGCAUGUAUGUUUUCUUAAUACUUGGAUUCAAUCACUUUUCAGUGUUAUAUGAGAAUGUUGUGAGAUAUAGAAUACAUUGUUAUAAUCUGUGACUUGUUCAUGUUUGAAAGGAUGUGUAGACUGACAUAUUUAUUACAAAGCAGUUCAUUCUCUCACUUGCGCACCAAGACAUAUUUAUCCAGCCAUUUGACUUCUUGUAAAUGUACAGGCACACAAUACCGGAGUGUUUUAACUCCACAGUGGGAAGGAAGACCUUAUGAGAACAUGUGUAAAUGGAAAUAUAUUGUAUUUGCAUUAUUUAAUAAAAAUGAAGUA